GAACAGGAUCAGCUGGUGGUUGGACUCAACAACAUGAUUAUUGGAGACCUGGCUACAGCAAGGCCCAUUAGAAUGUGUUUAACGUGAGUCUGCUGGUGUGCUGCUCAUCUGCUUAGGGUAGGCUACAGAUACUCUACAAUUAGGGUGCGCCCCAAAUGCCCUGGUCAAAAGUAGUGCACUAUAAAGGGAAUAGGGUGCCAUUUCGGUACUAGUCUAGUGCCAGUGAUGAAAUUAAGCAAGCACCCUGAAAAGAGGAUUUCAAAAUAUAUAGGCCAUUAAACUCUCAAACAUACUGGGAGUGAGUAUUAACCAUUCCAUACACAAUUGUACUUGAUCUCUUGUCUUCAUAUGUGAAGUGCUAGCCUGUACAUUUGUAAUAACUUGUAGGCUAAUUGCCCCUCAGGGAUAAAUUACAUUUUUAUUGUGUGAAUUAAAUGUAAUAACUGUUUGAUGGCUUUAGGAAAGGAACCAGCCUCUAACGGUCCCCUGUGACUGUCCUCUUGUCUUGCAGUGUCAUGGAGGAUGGGAAGCCGGUGUGGGCGCCCCACCCAGCAGAUGGGUUCCAGCUGGGGACCAUAGUGGACAUAGGAGCAGACAGCUUGACUAUCGAGCCGCUUAAACAGGGGCAGAAGGUGGGUGAUCACACACGCAUGUGCAAAAACAGACUUCUAUGAUCGCUAUAACAUUUUCCACCCAGAUAAUUUACAUAAUGGUGUGGUGUGGAGGCCAUCAGUGAAACAUCUGCUUCCGAAACUCUAUAGAUGGUACCCUAUAGAUCAAGGGUACUCAACUCUUACCCUACGAAGUCCGGAGCGUGAUGGUUUUCUGUUCUUCCUGGUAAUUAAUUGCACCCUAAAUCAGUCCCUGAUUAGAGGGGGAACAAUGAAAAAAAGCACUGUAACUGGCUUCAAGGACCAGAGUUGCGUUUGAGGGCUAUACAUGGUACCCUACAGAUGGUACCCUGUAGAUGGGACCCUAUAGAUGGUACCCUGUAGAUCAGGGAUCAUCAACUAGAUUCAGCCGCUGGCUGAUUUUUUUCUAUUUUUUUUCUUGACAGAUAUAUUUGACCAACAGAUAUAUUUGACUAAAACAUAAUCAUUUCAAACCUUGCUUACAUUUGUAUACGAUAACACGAUAACAAAAUGAAAAUCACUUGGAGCUGAUUUCCUGGUGUUUUUACAGUAUUUUAUGUCCAACAAUGAAAAUUCAAAAAAAUCAACAAUUGUAUUUAUUUUUGCUCCGAAAAUGAAAACCACCCGCGGGGUGCUAGUUGGGGAACCCUGCUGUAGACGGCACCCUGUAGAUCAGGGGUCUCCAACAGGUCCAUCCACAGCUACCAGUAGUUGGCAGCCCACCUAUGAGCAGCUCGCCAAACAAUUCUGAAAGUACAUGCAAUUUUCACGUUCCACAGCAAACUGUCAUAAACAAAUCUCACAAGUAUCUGCUACUAUCUAAUCAACGCAACAUUGACAGUAUCCCAACCCAUGGUACCCCAUGGGAAUCGAACCCACAACCUUGGCGUUGCAAGCAAGCGCCAUGCUCUACCAACUGAGCUACACGGGGUACUGCUAAAUCAUUUCCAGUAACAGUCCGUCUGUGUGGUGCGUGUGUGCGUUUGUCUAUCACUCAAUGCGUAGCCAGUUGAUGUGAUGACCAUCUUGUGGGUUGACAGAAAUAGUUUCCCCAAAACCUUCUCAAUUAAAUGUUAAUUGCAAAGUAGGCUAACCUGACAGAAGUAUAUUAUUUUGUAUCUAUUAUUUGUUAUUUGCAAACAUUUUAUAGGUCCCCCCUUAGAGUUGUUUAUUAACCAUUAUUUUACCAGGUAUAUUGAUAGUACGCUCUUUUCUCUUGUACAAUAAGGACCCGGGGAAGAGUUGCAGGGGAGAGGAGAAGAGAAGAAUGUGCCUAUUUGAAAGCUAGUAAAAAAUGUGUAGCUUGCGACAUGUUACAUUUUUUUAAAAGUACCUCUCAUGCUAGAAAAGCUGCCCUACAGAGGGUGACCUACAGAGGGUGACCUACAGAGGGUGACCUACAGAGGGUGACCUACAGAGGGUGACCUACAGAGGGUGACCUACAGAGGGUGACCUACAGAGUGCUUUCCCAUAGAAGCCACCAGUCACUGCUAAUUCACUUUUCCACUAGGCUAGAUCAUGUGUUACACUCUGUGCAAAGCUCUUGAUGUUAGCCAAACCUAGUUUCUAUGGUAACUCAUGCUUCCUUGUGUGGCUUUGUCAUCAGUUGAAUGUCUUCCUCUAACAAUCUGCUCACUUAGUGUGUUUACAUCCGGCCCAUAAAGCAUGGGACUCUGUCAGAUCCUUUAUUAUGAAGGAAGCUGUGUGUGUGUGUGUGAGUGUGUGUGUGUAACGGGUGUGUGUGUGUGUGUAACGGAUGUGUCCUUUCUCCGGCCGUUAUGGUCAGUUCUGGGCCCUAACAGGGAGUGUGAGGGGCACAAUGUGUGUUCUGUCCGGCGGCAGCCAGUUUGUGCCAGUGUACGGCGAGCUCCCUUGUCACCCUUUCAGAGCAGCAGCAGCAUACGCAGCCUGGCAGACCCCUGUAGGGGGACUUCAGGAGAGAGGGGCUGCUCAGUGCAUGACACCACGUCACACUCACAGCUUUAGCCACAAUGGCAGACUCUGUGGCCCACAGCGUUAGGUAAUGUGUCCCAGACUGGGGUUGCGUCCCCAGUGGCACCCUAUUCCCUAUAUAGUACACUACUUUAGACCGGAGCCGUAUGAGCCCUGGUUGAAAAUAUUGCACUAUAAACGGAAUAGGUUGCCAUUUGGGACGCUGAUAGUUUCUGCACUGUUUCACUCUGCCGUGGUGUCGGUGAAAGAGUGAGAGACCGAGGGGGGAGGGGCGUGUUUAAAUUCAGGGGGCAUUGCGUCAUCCUCCUCCACAUCCCCUUCCUUCUCCCCCUCUCCUCUUGCCUUCAGUCACCUCACGUGGCCCAGUGCUAUGAAAUCCUGCCAGUUUGGGCCCAGAAUGUGAUACAUUCCAUUGCAGGAAAUAAUGAACUGACUGUAUGUCACCUUGGCUUCUUCAACCUUGGAGAUUUUAAAACCCUCUUGCAGUGCCUCUUUAUUUGGAGAGACUAAGGCCACAUCCCAAAUAGCACCCUAUUCCCUAUAUAGUGCAAUACUUUCAAAAGUAGUGCUCUACAUAUGGAAUAGGGUAAUGGAAUAGAGUGCUAUUUGAGACACUGCCUAAAUUGCUGACCCAGCAGAGGCCAACAGGGCCCUAUGGCCCACAGGAGGGAGCAGGGCCCUAUGGCCCACAGGAGGGAGCAGGGCCCUAUGGCCCACAGGAGGGAGCAGGGCCCUAUGGCCCACAGGAGGGAGCAGGGCCCUAUGGCCCACAGGAGGGAGCAGGGCCCUAUGGCCCACAGGAGGGAGCAGGCCCUAUGGCCCACAGGAGGGAGCAGGGCCCUAUGGCCCACAGGAGGGAGCAGGGCCCUAUGGCCCACAGGAGGGAGCAGGGCCCUAUGGCCCACAGGAGGGAGCAGGCUCUGGCUGGGUGCGUCCCAUAUGGUACCCUUUUCCCUACAUAGUGCACUACUUUUGACCAGGGGUUAGGGCUGUGGACUGGAUUAGCUAACUUUGAAAACAUGGGGAUAAACUAUGUAUUUCUUUGAUGUCGCUAUCAACUUAGCUACCCCCUUAGUGUGGACUUUUUACACAGAGUUUGUUUUUGUGACAAAUCAGAAGCAUGUGACCGUGUUUUCUUUCAAGCGGUAACUUCUCAAGCUCCCCUGGGACUUAAUGGAAAGUGGAGGGAGGGAGGGGUGGAGAGAGAGAGAGAGAGAGAGGGAGAGAGGGAGGGGUGGAGAGAGAGAGAGGGAGGGGUGGAGAGAGAGGGAGGUAGGGAGGGAAGGGGUGGAGAGAGAGAGGGAGAGAGAGCUAUGGAGAGAGGGAGGGAGGGAGGGGGUGGAGAGAGAGGGGGGAGAGAGAGAGAGGGGGAGAGAGAGCUGUGGAGGGAGGGAUGGGAGAGAGAGGGAGGGAGGGAUGGAGAGAGGGAGGUAGGGACGGAAGAGGGGGAGAGAGAGGGAGAGAGAGCUGUGGAGGGAGGGAUGGAGAGAGGGAGGGAGGGGUGGAGAGAGGGAGGGACUAGUAGAACUCAUCAGCCAGACUAACCCGUUGGUUUUGUCUCACACACGGAGUCACGCUAACUUGCAAUCGCAAUGUGCUUUGAGACGCUUUUAGGAUUCCGAAAUAACCCAUAGCGCUCACCAAAUGUUUUUACCAUAAACACGUGCUAUGAGUAACACACACAUACACACACCCUACUAAUGCCAAACUAGCUCCAGCCUCACAACACUUGGCUAGCUGUAUUGUUUUUCCUGGGCCAUGCAUGUGUGCUGAGAAUGCUAGUGAAUAAUACAUGGUGGCUGUACUCUGCAGUGGAGGUGCUGACCGAUGACCGUGAGCCAGAAGAGGGGAGGGGCUGCAGCUUUCAGCCAGACUCCGCCUCUCUAGCAACCUCCCAGCCCCCAGAUCCUGUUUCUGCCUCUCCAAAUAAUUAAUUGUCCCCUGAUGUGUCACUCACUGCUGCGUACGCCAGGGCCUCCUCCUGCUGUUGGUUCUGUUUGAUUGAAGCAAUGGCCUCCGAACAGUCACUAUUUUUAGUAGCUCGUUGGGAGUGCAAAAAUAACACAUUGACAGACUUGAAAAGACUCCUGAUUUAUAUAAUUAAAAGCAAGCACAUUGAUUGGAAUCCAAAUAGACUUAAUUAUUUUUAUUUUCUCCUUUCUCUCUCCUUUGUUUAAUGUUCUAAGCCACGUGUACUUGAUGUAGUUGCCCACUCUUCAACUCUUAUACAUUAGAAAGAGAACAGCAUAGUGCCAGCAUAGUGACGUGCUAAAAGUCAUCUUUCACCUCCAUCUUGUUUUUACAGAGCUUUACGGCCCAGAUCAACCAAGUGUUCCCGGCUGAGGAUGAUGUCAACAAACAUGUGGAAGACAACUGUGAGUUUAUAGCACAAACACUGCUAUUGUUUUACCAUAAGUCUUCAGUAUCCACAAGGUUUUUAUGUUUCUCACCAUCUCAUAAAGCUACCCUAACUGACACUUAAGUGUUUUUACAGCACUAUAUGAAGUUAUGAAGUAAAUUACAACCCUGAAACUGUCGCCCGAUGCAAAUGAUUCCCCUGAGGAUUGAGGAAUGCCAUUUUGUGGCAAUAUGUUCUUAUGUGUUUUCCAUUUUGAUCCAUCCUCUUCUUUUGAAAGUUUGUGAUUAGCCUGUCUUAACUUACUUUAGGUCUGUUGUUUUUCAGGUUCUUUGAUGUACUUGAAUGAAGCCACUCUCUUGAACAACGUCCGUGUGCGGUAUAGUAAAGAUAAAAUUUAUGUAAGUACUUUAUAACAGACAUAGCUACAGUGGGGAAAAAAAGUAUUUAGUCAGCCACCAAUUGUGCAAGUUCUCCCACUUAAAAAGAUGAGAGAGGCCUGUAAUUUUCAUCAUAGGUACACGUCAACUAUGACAGACAAAAUUAGAAAAAAAAAUCCAGAAAAUCACAUUGUAGGAUUUUUUAUGAAUUGAUUUGCAAAUGAUGGUGGAAAAUAAGUAUUUGGUCAAUAACAAAAGUUUCUCAAUACUUUGUUAUAUACCCUUUGUUGGCAAUGACACAGGUCAAACGUUUUCUGUAAGUCUUCACAAGGUUUUCACACACUGUUGCUGGUAUUUUGGCCCAUUCCUCCAUGCAGAUCUCCUCUAGAGCAGUGAUGUUUUGGGGCUGUCGCUGGGCAACACGGACUUUCAACUCCCUCCAAAGAUUUUCUAUGGGGUUGAGAUCUGGAGACUAGCUAGGCCACUCCAGGACCUUGAAAUGCUUCUUACGAAGCCACUCCUUCGUUGCCCGGGCGGUGAGUUUGGGAUCAUUGUCAUGCUGAAAGACCCAGCCACGUUUCAUCUUCAAUGCCCUUGCUGAUGGAAGGAGGUUUUCACUCAAAAUCUCACGAUACAUGGCCCCAUUCAUACUUUCCUUUACACGGAUCAGUCGUCCUGGUCCCUUUGCAGAAAAACAGCUCCAAAGCAUGAUGUUUCCACCCCCAUGCUUCACAGUAGGUAUGGUGUUCUUUGGAUGCAACUCAGCAUUCUUUGUCCUCCAAACACGAUGAGUUGAGUUUUUACCAAAAAGUUCUAUUUUGGUUUCAUCUGACCAUAUGACAUUCUCCCAAUCCUCUUCUCGAUCAUCCAAAUGCACUCUAGCAAACUUCAGACGGGCCUGGACAUGUACUGGCUUAAGCAGGGGGACACGUCUGGCACUGCAGGAUUUGAGUCCCUGGCGGCGUAGUGUGUUACUGAUGGUAGGCUUUGUUACUUUGAUCCCAGCUCUCUGCAGGUCAUUCACUAGGUCCCCCCGUGUGGUUCUGGGAUUUUUGCUCACCGUUCUUGUGAUCAUUUUGACCCCACGGGGUGAGAUCUUGCGUGGAGCCCCAGAUCGAGGGAGAUUAUCAGUGGUCUUGUAUGUCUUCCAUUUCCUAAUAAUUGCUCCCACAGUUGAUUUCUUCAAACCAAGCUGCUUACCUAUUGCAGAUUCAGUCUUCCCAGCCUGGUGCAGGUCUACAAUUUUGUUUCUGGUGUCCUUUGACAGCUCUUUGGUCUUGGCCAUAGUGGAGUUUGGAGUGUGACUGUUUGAGGUUGUGGACAGGUGUCUUUUAUACUGAUAACAAGUUCAAACAGAUGCCAUUAAUACAGGUAACGAGUGGAGGGCAGAGGAGCCUCUUAAAGAAGAAGUUACAGGUCUGUGAGAGCCAGAAACCUUGCUUGUUUGUAGGUGACCAAAUACUUAUUUUCCACCAUAAUUUGCAAAUAAAUUCAUUAAAAACAUUUUCUCAAUUUGUCUGUCAUGGUUGACGUGUACCUAUGAUGAAGAUUACAGGCCUCUCUCAUCUUUUUAAGUGGGAGAACUUGCACAAUUGGUGGCUGACUAAAUACUUUUUUUCCCCACUGUAUAUCCUGCUGUCUGCCUCAUCAAUCUGGUUUUAAACAGCUGUGCACCAUGGUGAACAGGCCACAGGUUGAACCAGCACGGGUGAUGUCAAUAGAACACCCACUCAUCAUUAUCAUGCUACAGCCCUGCCACUUCAGUCUCUCUGUGCCUACUGUACUGUAUGUGUUGUGGUGUGGUGUGUCCCCUCCCUCCCUGCUUGUCAGUGUGAUGGCCAGGGCGUGAUGGCCUUGUCAUUGUCACUCUGGGCUGCCAGGUGUCUGCUGGGAGGGAGGGCAGUUACAGUGGCACACACACACAGCUAGCUCUUGUUGUCACUGUCUCACUGCUGGCACCUGUGUCCAACCCAGGCUCAGGUGACCUCUGUAAUCAGCCAGGGAGCAGAACAGAGCCAGGGAGCGCUAUCUUUUUCCCCACUGAACUUAAUUAGGUCCUCUGAGGUGACAGUGGGAGGCAGAGGGACGUGGAUGCCAGCAGGUGCGGAGAGGAGACCGAUGGGACACUUGUUUUCCAACAGGUGGCAUCUAGUGGCUGCAGUGAGGAACUGCCUGCUUUGUCCAAUGGAAGAGUGUUAGGCAGAUAUCAAUGUGUUAAUUCCUUUUAGCAGUGUUUUGUUAGGUCACUGAGAAAAAGCUGGGUGUUAUAUCAACACAAGUUUUCUCUCCAACAGCAUUGGAUGUGUAUUUUUAAGUACAGCGUCUUGCUAAAAACAGAUUCCUAUAAGUGUACUAGUGUAUUUCUGACUUCUCUUUGUUUUUCUCCCAGACGUUUGUAGCUAAUAUCCUGAUAGCAGUGAACCCCUACUAUGACAUCCCGAAGCUCUACACUCCAGAGACCAUUAAACAGUACCAUGGGAGGUCCCUGGGCACCCUGCCGCCCCACGUCUAUGCUAUUGGUGAGAACUGCUGAGGAAGGAACACACAGGCUGCGUUCCAAAUGGCACCCUAUUCCCUACGUAGUGCACUACUUUUGAGCAGUGCUCAUUGGGCUCUGGUCAAAAGUAGUGCGCUAUGUAGGGAAUAGGGUGCCAUUUGGGACGCAAACACAAUGUCUCUCUGUGCCACUGUUGGGCUGUGUUACACUUCCACAUCUGUCCACCAGAGAGCAGUCUAUAGUCAUUUUCACAGUAUUCUCAGUCUUUGCUUAUCAGUGAGAUUUAGCUACCUAUUAACAAUGAGCAUUCAUUGUGCAGUUUGACUUUGCUAAUGCGAGCAUCGUCUUGAGGAUUCCAUUCAGAGAAGUUGUAUAUCACUGAGGUAAAGGAUAAACAAUAAAUACUGUGUCAUCUAGCAUGUGAUUUAGAAGUACAAGGAGCAUUUAUUGUACAGUUUGCAUGGCUAAUGCAACCAUAGGCUUAAUUUAUGAUCCCAUUGAGAUACAUUUUGUGUCACUGAGAAAAAGGAGAGGGUAAACAAACUGUAAACACUGUCUGGAUGUGUGUCUCUGUGUGUCAGCUGACAAGGCGUACAGGGACAUGAGGGUGCUGAAGAUGAGCCAGUCCAUCAUCGUGUCCGGGGAGUCUGGUGCCGGGAAGACUGAAAAUACCAAGUUUGUCCUCCGGUAAAGUCAUGACAUUUCCUGUGUAUCGUCAACACACAGGAUGUGUCCCAAAUGGCACCCUAAUCCUUUUGUAGUGCAUAAUUUUUUUACCAGAUCUAGUCAAAAGUAGUGCACUAUAUAGGGCAGGGUUCUUCAAUUCCGGUCCUGGAGGGCCGAAACACUUCUGUUUUUUAUUUCUACCUGGUAGUUAAUUGCACUCACCUGGUGUCCCAGGUCUGAAUUAGCCCCUGAUUAGAAGGAGAGGAUGAAAAACAGAGGUGUUUCGGCCCUCCAGGACCGGAAUUGAAGAACCCUGAUAUAGGGACGCGGGUACCAUUUGGGACGCAUACCCAGUCUGAUCUGGCAGGCUGUUUGUACUUGUUUAUGUAAAAUAAGUAUGUUCUGAGAGUAUUCACAUUCACAUUAAAGGGGAAGCUCACAAAGUUUUACCUGUAGACUUAUUUUCACUCUUUAUAAGAUUUGUAGUUGAUCCCUAUUAUUAUUAUUAUUUUAUUUUUUAUAUAUAUUUUUCAUUACAGAGGAAAUUGGUAGACACAUUUUGAUGACUCAGCAAAAUGUGACAACCUCUAACGAAACAAAAUAUAAAAUAAAAAUGGUUUGGGGGAUCAACUACAAGAACAGAAAGAGUGAAAAUAAGGUCAUAUGUAAAAGUUGGUGAACUUCCCCAUUAACUCUGAUUCUUUCUUUCUGCCCUGUAGAUACUUGACAACAUCCUAUGGAACAGGUCAAGAUAUUGAUGAGAGAAUAGUUGAAGGUAAAUAUGAAUUUCACUUCCCAGCAGCAUGACCUAAUACCACACUGUAUGGAUUUGUGUUUUAAUUGCUAUUCUUCUUCAUCAAUCCCACAGCCAAUCCCCUGCUAGAGGCUUUUGGGAAUGCUAAAACCGUCAGGAAUAACAACAGUAGUCGCUUUGGGAAGUUUGUAGAGAUCCACUUCAACGAAAAGGUACAGCAGCACCACUGUAGAAUAAUUCACUAUCAAUGAAAUCAUCAGACAACAACACCAAAAUAGUGUUCAAAUACGAUUUGACAAUUCUUUCAAAUACUUUGUCUGCUUUGGCUUGCAUCGCGUGCCAGAUGGGUGGAGAUUACUGUUUUGAGACUUCUGUUAUUUCCAUUGCACCAGGCAAGCUCAAUAAAGCCCAGCUUAAAGUGAUGCUCUCGAGCUUUUGUGUAAUUUCAGCCAGUACUUUUGAGUAAUAUGUCAUCCAUUUCAAUUAAUAUUUUUAGCAAUUCGUAUAAGAUGUUCCGAAUUCCAAUUUGUGCAAUAUUUUACAAAUUUGUAAGUGCUUAAGAUCCCAGACUGCAUCUUUAAAUAUUUAAAAUGAUUUCUAAUAGUAUUUGAACCCAGUUCUGAUGCUAAUUGAACCUGUGUUGUUGUGUCACUCAGAAUACUGUGGUGGGAGGCUUCGUGUCCCACUACCUGCUGGAGAAAUCCAGGAUCUGCCAGCAGAGCCACGAGGAGAGGAACUACCACAUCUUCUACCGGCUGUGUGCCGGAGCCUCCGAGGACAUCAGGACCAAGUUCCACCUGGAAUCCCCAGACGCCUUCAGGGUGAGUGGGGCCUACGGGCCAGCCUUGUUCCAUGUGUCUUGUCCCUCCAGAGUGGAUACGUUGUAAAAACUCUCCUCCUGCUGUGUCCACUAUUGAGCCCCUCUUUUAAAGUUCCCUGUCUGUUCCCGCUCAGCCUCUGGUCCCUUUCAGCCUCUGGUCCCUUUCAGCAUCUGGUCCCUUUCAGCCUCUGGUCCCUUUCAGCCUCUGGUCCCUCUCAGCCUCUGGUCCCUCUCAGCCUCUGGUCCCUUUCAGCCUCUGGUCCCUCUCAGCCUCUGGUCCCUUUCAGCCUCUGGUCCCUCUCAGCCUCUGGUCCCUUUCAGCCUCUGGUCCCUCUCAGCCUCUGGUCCCUCUCAGCCUCUGGUCCCUUUCAGCCUCUGGUCCCUUUCAGCCUCUGGUCCCUUUCAGCCUCUGGUCCCUUUCAGCCUCUGGUCCCUUUCAGCCUCUGGUCCCUUUCAGCCUCUGGUCCCUCUCAGCCUCUGGUCCCUCUCAGCCUCAGGAAUAUGAGGUGCUUUGACUCCAGCUCUUGACAGCAACAUUGUCCACUGUAAUUGAGAUAUACAAAUGGAGUGAUGCAUUGAUAAUUGCAGUGACAUUUUUGCUGAUAUCCAAUUCAACUUGGACAUUACUAUUGACGUUUGGAGAUCCUGGCUCUCGGCAGAAAUUUUAGAGGGCUCAGGCACAUCCUGCGAGAGGUGCAGAUUAGAAUAUAGAAUUAACAACAGCACCCAGAUAAGUCAAAUGUCCUCUCUUUCACAUCCAGUACAGAUUUGCAUCUAAUGGAUCCUGAAUUGAAACUGGAUUUGAGCAGCUAGACAGAAAGGAAGUUGCAGAGAAAAUAUAGGAUUUAAGUAAAUCAAACUUCAAUGCUGACACAUACAUACAUAAUUUCAGCGUGGCUCCGGAGGUAGCCUACAUCUCCCCUCUCAUAUUCUCAUAAAAUGUGUGUCAUUUGCAGUACUGCUCUUAUUUCUAUCUGUCCAGUGAUGCGAUUCUUCUGGGCAGUAAGCAAGGCAGUUCUGCCUGACCGAGCUACCCUCCUGUAAUAGUCUCAUCUGUUUUAACUUUUUUUCUGCUGAUCUGGAAACAAAAAAUGAGGUGGAGGGGGAAGGGGGUGAGAGAUACAGAAUCCUCCCAAAGGCAUAUCUCUGUAAUGAAAACCUUUGUUCCGUUUCAGCUGAGAAUGACUCCUCUCGUAGAAAACAAGAUAAGCCACCGGGUUCUGUUCUGUUCUGUUUUUCUCUCCUACCCACCUGGGAAGUUGUUGUCGCGCUCAUCAUCAGGCCUAUCUCUAGUGACAGGCAGGAAGAGAGCAGGCUACUGAGAAGUCAUUAAAAGUCGCACAAAAGCAAAUACGGAGAGGGAUAAAGGUAUUUUGUGCCAAAUAUAAACAAUUUGCCGUGAACAAUGGUGAAUGCUCACGGCUCUGUAUUAGAGUCCACACAGAGACAGUGAUGUGGAUAUAUUACUUUACUUUGACUUUCGAAAGUCAUUAAGUUUCCCGUAUUGCAACUGGUCAUGCAUGGUGUCUGUGAUGUGUUGACGAUCAUGUUAAACCAUCACAAACCGAAGCUGGCACUAAGACCGCACUCAAUGAACUGUAUACGGCCAUAAGCAAACAGGAAAACGCUCAUCCAGAGGCGGCGCUCCUAGUGGCCGGGGACUUUAAUGCAGGGAAACUUAAAUCUGUUUUACCUCAUUUCUACCAGCAUGUUAAAUGUGCAACCAUUUGGCCAUUCUGACCAUAAUUCUAUCCUCCUGAUUCCUGACUCGGUCAAUAAAAAAGUGGUCAGAUGAAGCAGAUGCUAAGCUACAGGACUGUUUUGCUAGCACAGACUGGAAUAUGUUCCGGGAUUCUUCCGAUGGCAUUGAGGAGUACACCACAUCAGUACACCACGCUGCUGCUACUCUCUGUUUAUUAUCUACGCAUAGUCAAUUAAUAACUCUACCUACAUGUACAUAUUAUCUCGACUAACUGGUGCCCCCGCACAUUGACUCGGUACUGGUUCCCCCUGUAUAUAGCCUCGCUAUUGUUAUUUUUACUGCUGCUCUUUAAUUAUUUGUUACUUUUAUUUCGUAUUAUUUUAUAUUGUAUUUUUGGGGGAUUUUGGGGGGGUAUUCUUUCUUAAAACUGCAUUGUUGGUUAAUGGCUUGUAAGUAAGCAUUUCACUGUAAGAUCUACACCUGUUGUAUUCGGCGCAUGUGACAAAUACGAUUUGAUGGGAUAUUCAAUAGAUGUUUUAGGUGUUGUAAAAACUAUGUCAUACUGCAGUAUAUUGAUCCAUGCAAUCUGCUGCUGUUUGCUGAUUCUUGUCUAUGUUGCAGUAUUUGAACAGAGGAUGCACUCGCUUCUUUGCAAACAAGGACACAGACAAACAGAUCCUUCAGAACCGGAAGAGCCCAGAGGUACGGUACAUAUCUUAAUCUCUCUCACCUCCCUCACUCUCUUUCUCUCAAUCUCUCACCAUCUCUCCCCUAUAUUGGUUUAAUUGUAUCUUCACUACUCCAAGUAUUCCAAUAUCCAUGAAAACCACAGAAGGAAACCCUCCCUCUGAUCCGUAGUUUUUGGCCAGGAUUCCCAUUGCUAUCUAAUGACAGACGGUUUCCCAUCUCCAGAACUAAUUGGAAAUGCACUAGGCACAACUCUGUCUGCGGAGAGAGUGAACAGAAUGUACUUUUCUAUCCCCAUCUGUCUCAAUGGCUUUUACCUUUACUUAAUGGCCUGCUCAGAAGGAUCUUUUUUUUUUGUCUUGGUCUAUGGAUACAGUGGCUUCCAGUAGUGACAUGUUUUACUUAUAACGUUUUUAAAUUCCCACAAAGGAGCCAACAAGUUGUUUUAUUUUCAUUCUGGUCAGAAUAAAACCCCUUGUAUAUUACCUCUGGAAAUGUUGUUCUCUGAGAUGUGAUGCAGAUAAGCAGCAAACAUUUGAAUUAGGAAAGGAGCCACUGACAUGACCGUAUGGAUAGAUGUAAUGUACCGCAUCAAUGAUAAUUAUUUAUCCUCCCAACGAAAUGACUUCCUUGCUUUGCCUUCUCCCUUUGAUUAAUUAUGCAUACAGCUGUAAGUACUCCAUUAUUGCAGCUGUGUGUAUGGAACCCCUUCAGGACUCACUGUAAUUCAUUAGUAUUGUUAUGAAGAAAUGACCUGGACAACACUAUGCCUCUUUUUCUCUCCCCUUGAGGGACAGUGAUGAUUCAUUUGUUCUGUGUAGGCUAGUUGGGGACAUCAGUGGGAGUAGAAGAAGUGUCUCUCUGGGUAUGGACGUUUUUAGUCAGAUAAUGUUUUUUAAUAGAGUUGCUGAUGACGUAUGUUUUAGUAACGGUAAUAGUAGCAUUUAGGUUAAAAGGAUAGAAAUAUCAGUAAUGAUAUUUAUAUUGUUAAAACUGCCAAGUAAGUGAAGAGAUUAUGAGUACUUGUUGCGGUUGAGUUUUCAGCGUGUUUAAAUUUAGCAGAUUAUAUUCAGGUGAAGCUUUUAGAUGGUAGGUACAGUACAGGUAGGUAUUGCAUUUACCCUCUUUCAAGGUUCACAGCUGGACAAAGCAGGCUCCAGAGAGCCAUGGAUCUUAUUAUAUGAUCAUGGAGGAUCAUACCUUUGAUCUCAGGAAGCACCUGCUCAUGAUAAAUGCUGUGUUUGGCCUAUUGGAGAGCAUCGUGUUGUGACAAAUGCUGAAUAAGGCCUUCAUGUUUAUUGCCAGUACAUAUGAUAAGCCCGUACUAGGGUUGCAAAACUCUGGUAACUUUACCAGAAAUCCAGAAUUCAGUUUCCAGAAAUCCUGGAAAAUUGCCAGAAUUUUGUAACCCUAGCCCAUACAUUGUACCAUACCAUGUCCCUUGUGUUGAUCAAGGUUAUAUGUCUCUUUACACUGCUUCUCUAUAUAAUUCAGGACAAUCAGGUGAUUUAUAGAUUUGGUGCCGUGACAAGGACUACUUCUUGUAGAUUUUAUUAUGAUGUGAAUUUUGGGAUUAUCUUUUGUCUCAGGGUUCACAUCAGUGCUGAGUGUUGUGGGGUCCUUGCAUGCUUUCUCUCUUUAAAUGCAUGAUGUGGUUUUGCUCUGUAGUUUAGGGCUUGAGGUCAAAAUUACAACAUAUUUUGUGUCCAGCAUUAGGCUGGACCAGAACGUCACAGUACAAUGGUUUAACAGCACUCGGGGCAAUAUACUGUGUGUGUGUGUGUGUAUAUAUACAGUUGAAAUAGGAAGUUUACAUACACCUUAGCCAAAUACAUUUCAACUCAGUUUUUCACAAUUCAUGACACCUAGUAAAAAUUCCCUGUCUUAGGUCAGUUAGGAUCACCACUUUAUUUUAAGAAUGUGAAAUGUCAGAAUAAUAGUAGAGAGAAUGAUUUAUUUCAGCUUUUAUUUCUUUCAUCACAUUCUCAGUGGGUCAGAAGUUUUCAUACACUCAAUUAGUAUUUGGUAGCAUUGCCUUUAAAUUGUUUAACUUGGGUCAAAAGUUUUGGGUAGCCUUCCACAAGCUUCCCACAAUAAAUUGGGUGAAUGUUGGCCCAUUCCUCCUGACAGAGCUGGUGUAACUGAGUCAGGUUUGUAGGCCUCCUUGCUCGCACACGCUUUUUCAGUUCUGCCCUCAAAUUUUCUAUAUGAUUGAGGUCAUGGCCACUCCAAUACCUUGACUUUGUUGUCCUUAAGCCAUUUUGCCACAACUUUGGAAGUAUGCUUGGGGUCAUUGUCCAUUUGGAAGACCCAUUUGCGACCAAGCUUUAACUUCCUGACUGAUGUCUUGAGAUGUUGCCACCCCUGUGCUUCAUGGUUGGGAUGGUGUUCUUCGGCUUGCAAGUACCCCCUUUUUCCUCCAAACAUAACGAUGGUCAUUAUGGCCAAACAGUUCUAUUCUUGUUUCAUCAGACCAGAGGACAUUUCUCAAAAAAGUACGAUCUUUGUCCCCAUGUGCAGUUGCAAACCGUACUCUUGCUUUUUUAUGGCGGUUUUGGAGCAUUGGCUUCUACCUUGCUGAGCGGCCUUUCAGGUUAUGUCGAUAUAGGACUCGUUUUUACUGUGGAUAUAGAUACUUUUGUACCUGUUUCCUCCAGCAUCUUCACAAGGUCCUCUGCUGUUGUUCUGGGAUUGAUUUGCACUUUUCGCACCAAAGUACGUUCAUCUCUAGGAGACAGAAGGCGUCUCCUUCCUGAGCGGUAUGACGGCUGCGUGGUCCCAUGGUGUUUAUACUUGCGUACGAUUGUUUGUACAGAUGAACGUGGUACCUUCAGCCGUUUGGAAAUUGCUCCCAAGGAUGAACCAGACUUGUGGAGGUCUACAAAAACAAUGUCUGAGGUCUUGGCUGAUUUCUUUUGAUUUUCCCAUGAUGUCAAGCAAAGAGGCACUGAGUUUGAAGUUAGGCCUUGAAAUAAAUCCACAGGUACACCUCCAAUUGACUCAAAUGAAUUUUCUGGAAUUUUCCAAGCUGUUUAAAGGCACAGUCAACUUAGUGUAUGUAAACUUCUGACCCACUGGAAUUGUGAUACAGUGAAUUAUAAGUGAAAUAAUCUGUCUAUAAACAAUUGUUGGAAAAAUUACUUGUGUCAUGCACAAAGUAGAUGUCCUAACCGACUUGCCAAAACUAUAGUUUGUUAACAAGAAAUGUGUGGAGUGAUUGAAAAACGAGUUUUAAUGACUCCAACCGAAGUGUAUGUAAACUUCCGACUUCAACUGUAAAUACACACACAUAAAAUAAAUAAAUAAAUACAUAUACAGUACCAGUCAAAGGUCUGGACACACCUACUCAUUCAAGGGUUUUUCUUUCUUUUUUACUAUUUUGUACACUAAUCCCAAACCAGAUGGGUUGGCGUAUCACUGCAGAAUGCUGUGGUAGCCAUGCUGUUUAAGUGUGCCUUGAAUUCUAAAUAAAUCACAGACGGUGUCACCAGCAAAGCACCCCACACCAUAACACCUCCUCCAUGCUUUACGGUGGGAAAUACACAUGCGGAGAUCAUCUGUUCACCCACACCGCGUCUCACAAAGACACGACGGUUGGAACCAAAAAUCUCAAAUUUGGACUCCAGACCAAAGGACACAUUUCCACUGGUCUAAUGUCCAUUGCUCGUGUUUCUUGGCCCAAGCAGGUCUCUUCUUAUUAUUGGUGUCCUUUAGUAGUGGUUUCUUUGCAUCAAUUUGACCAUGAAGUCCUGAUUCACACAGUCCCCUCUGAACAGUUGAUGUUGAGAUGUGUCUGUGACUUGAACUCUGUGAAGCAUUUAUUUGGGCUGCAAUUUCUGAGGCUGGUAACUCUAAUGAACUUAUCCUCUGCAGCAGAGGUAACUCUGGGUCUUCCAUUCCUGUGGCAGUCCUCAUGAGAACCAGUUUCAUCAUAGCGCUUGAUGGUUUUUGCGACUGCACUUGAAGAAACUUUCAAAGUUCUUGAAAUGUUCCGUAUUGACUGACCUUCAUGUCUUAAAGUAAUGAUGGACUGUCGUUUCUCUUUGCUUAUUUGAGCUGUUCUUGCCAUAAUAUGGACAUGGUAUUUUACCAAAUAGGGCUAUCUUCUGGAUACUCCCCCUACCUUGUCACAAUACAGCUGAUUGGCUCAAACACAUUAAGAAGGAAAGAAAUUACACAAAUUAACUUUUAAGAAGGCACACUUAUUAUUUGAAAUUAAUUCCAGGUGACUACCUCAUGAAGCUGGUUAAGAGAAUGCCAAGAGUGUGCAAAGCUGUCAUCAAGGCAAAGGGUGGCUAUUUGAAGAAUCUCAAAUAUACAAUAUAUUUUGAUUUGUUUAACCCUUUUUCUGUUACUACAUGAUUUCAUAUGUGUUAUUUCAUAGUUUACAUGUCUUCACUAUUAUUCUACAAUGUAGAAAAUAGUUUUUAAAAAAUAAAGAAAAACCCUUGAAUGAGUAGGUGUGUCCAAAGUUUUGACUGGGACUGUGUGUGUAUAUAUAUAUACAGUGGGGAAAAAAAGUAUUUAGUCAGCCACCAAUUGUGCAAGUUCUCCCACUUAAAAAGAUGAGAGAGGCCUGUCAUUUUCAUCAUAGGUACAUGUCAACUAUGACAGACAAAAUGAGAAAAGAAAAUCCAGAAAAUCACAUUGUAGGAUUUUUUAUGAAUUUAUUUGCAAAUUAUGGUGGAAAAUAAGUAUUUGGUCAAUAACAAAAGUUUCUCAAUACUUUGUUAUAUACCCUUUGUUGGCAAUGACACAGGUCAAACGUUUCUGUAAGUCUUCACAAGGUUUUCACACACUGUUGCUGGUAUUUUGGCCCAUUCUUCCAUGCAGAUCUCCUCUAGAGCAGUGAUGUUUUGGGGCUGUCGCUGGGCAACACAGACUUUCAACUCCCUCCAAAGAUUUUCUAUGGGGUUGAGAUCUGGAGACUGGCUAGGCCACUCCAGGACCUUGAAAUGCUUCUUACGAAGCCACUCCUUCGAUGCCCGGGCGGUGUGUUUGGGAUCAUUGUCAUGCUGAAAGACCCAGCCACGUUUCAUCUUCAAUGCCCUUGCUGAUGGAAGGAGGUUUUCACUCAAAAUCUCACGAUACAUGGCCCCAUUCAUUCUUUCCUUUACACGGAUCAGUCGUCCUGGUCCCUUUGCAGAAAAACAGCCCCAAAGCAUGAUGUUUCCACCCCCAUGCUUCACAGUAGGUAUGGUGUUCUUUGGAUGCAACUCAGCAUUCUUUGUCCUCCAAACACGACGAGUUGAGUUUUUACCAAAAAGUUCUAUUUUGGUUUCAUCUGACCAUAUGACAUUCUCUCAUACCUCUUCUGGAUCAUCCAAAUGCACUCUAGCAAACUUCAGACGGGCCUGGACAUGUACUGGCUUAAGCAGGGGGACACGUCUGGCACUGCAGGAUUUGAGUCCCUGGCUGCGUAGUGUGUUACUGAUGAUAGGCUUUGUGACUUUGGUCCCAGCUCUCUGCAGGUCAUUCACUAGGUCCCCCCGUGUGGUUCUGGGAUUUUUGCGCACCGUUCUUGUGAUCAAUUUGACCCCACUGGGUGAGAUCUUGCGUGGAGCCCCAGAUCGAGGGAGAUUAUCAGUGGUCUUGUAUGUCUUCCAAUUCCUAAUAAUUGCUCCCACAGUUGAUUUCUUCAAACCAAGCUGCUUACCUAUUGCAGAUUCAGUCUUCCCAGCCUGGUGCAGGUCUACAAUUUUGUUUCUGGUGUCCUUUGACAGCUCUUUGGUCUUGGCCAUAGUGGAGUUUGGAGUGUGACUGUUUGAGGUUGUGGACAGGUGUCUUUUAUACUGAUAACCAAGUUCAAACAGGUGCCAUUAAUACAGGUAACGAGUGGAGGACAGAGGAGCCUCUUAAAGAAGAAGUUACAGGUCUGUGAGAGCCAGAAAUCUUGCUUGUUUGUAGGUGACCAAAUACUUAUUUUCCACCAUAAUUUGCAAAUAAAUUCAUAAAAAUCCUACAAUGGUGAUUUUCUGGAAUUUUUUUUCUCAAUUUGUCUGUCAUAGUUGACGUGUACCUAUGAUGAAAAUUACAGGCCUCUCUCAUCUUUUUAAGUGGGAGAACUUGCACAAUUGGUGGCUGACUAAAUACUUUUUUUCCCCACUGUAUAUAUACACAGUGGGGAGAACAAGUAUUUGAUACACUGCCGAUUUUGCAGGUUUUCCUACUUACAAAGCAUGUAGGGGUCUGUAAUUUGUAUCAUAGGUACACUUCAACUGUGAGAGACAGAAUCUAAAACAAAAAUCCAGAAAAUCACAUUGUAUGAUUUUUAAGUAAUUAAUUUGCAUUUUAUUGCAUGACAUAAGUAUUUGAUCACCUACCAACCAGUAAGAAUUCCGGCUCUGACAGACCUGUUCGUUUUUCUUUAAGAAGCCCUCAUGUUCUCCACUCAUUACCUGUAUUAACUGCACCUGUUUGAGCUCGUUACCUGUAUAAAAGACACCUGUCCACACACUCAAUCAAACAGACUCCAACCUCUCUACAAUGGCCAAGACCAGAGAGCUGUGUAAGGACAUCAGGGAUAAACUUGUAGACCUGCACAAGGCUGGUAUGGGCUACAGGACAAUAGGCAAGCAGCUUGGUGAGAAGGUAACAACUGUUGGUGCAAUUAUUAGAAAAUGGAAGAAGUUCAAGAUGACGGUCAAUCACCCUCGGUCUGGGGCUCCAUGCAAGAGCUCACCUCAUGGGGCAUCAAUGAUCAUGAGGAAGGUGAGGGAUCAGCCCAGAACUACACGGCAGGACCUGGUCAAUGACCUGAAGAGAGCUGGGACCACAGUCUCAAAGAAAACCAUUAGUAACACACUACGCUGUCAUGGAUUAAAAUCCUGCAGCGCACGCAAGGUCCCCCUGCUCAAGCCAGCGCAUGUCCAGGCCCGUCUGAAGUUUGCCAAUGACCAUCUGGAUCCAGAGGAGGAAUGGGGGAAGGUCAUGUGGUCUGAUGAGACAAAAAUAGAGCUUUUUGGUCUAAACUCCACUCGCCGUGUUUGGAGGAAGAAGAAGGAUGAGUACAACCCCAAGAACACCAUCCCAACCGUGAAGCAUGGAGGUGGAAACAUCAUUAUUUGGGGAUGCUUUUCUGCAAAGGGGACAGGACGACUGCACCAUAUUGAGGGGAGGAUGGAUGGGGCCAUGUAUCGCGAGAUCUUGGCCAACGACCCGAAACACACAGCCAGGGCAACUAAGGAGUGGCUCCGUAAGAAGCAUCUCAAGGUCCUGGAGUGGCCUAGCCAGUCUCCAGACCUGAACCCAAUAGAAAAUCUUUGGAGGGAGCUGAAAGUCCGUAUUGCCCAGCGACAGCCCCGAAACCGGAAGGAUCUGGAGAAGGUCUGGAUGGAGGAGUGGACCAACAUCCCUGUGCAGUGUGUGCAAACCUGGUCAAGACCUACAGGAAACGUAUGAGCUCUGUAAUUGCAAACAAAGGUUUCUGUACCAAAUAUGAAGUUCUGCUUUUCUGAUGUAUCAAAUACUUAUGUUAUGCAAUAAAAUGCAAAUUAAUUACUUAAAAAUCAUACAAUGUGAUUUUCUGGAUUUUUGUUUUAGAUUCCGUCUCUCACAGUUGAAGUGCACCUAUGAUAAAAAUUACAGACCUCUACAUGCUUUGUAAGUAGGAAAACCUGCAUAAUCGGCAGUGUAUCAAAUACUUGUUCUCCCCACUGUAUAUAUAUAAUUAUUUUUAUGUAUUAUUUAAAACCACCUGCGGGCCAAAUUCGGCCAGUUGGGGAACCCUGCCUUAGGUCAUCAAUUGUUCUAUAGAGAAGAACAAACUGCUCCUGUACACCAGCCUCCCUAAAUCACUGUAACUUAUGGUUGUUGUUUACAAGGCAAUUUCUGCUCUGUACUUUAUGGUGUACAGAAAAAGAUUACUAAUUGACUUAGUUUAAAUUAAUAAACGAGUGCAAUCACCUUCAGUUACAGAAUAAUGUCAGUUGAAAUAAAUUCAAGAGUCUAAAAUUGCAUGUAGAGAUGGGUCUUAUUCAGACAUUUCAUUUUGAUGUUGGUAAAAGCCAUUUAUCUGGCAUUCUAUUCUGGUGUUAGAAGCUACAGUAUGUUAUCAUUUCUAUGCCAGUAUACCAUCGUACUGUGACAUUGUUCUUGUGUGGUUGGUUUUCCAGGUGUGUGAUCGAACUUACUAUCCCUGCUUCUCUUCCUACUGCAGCUAGUUGAAGAUGUGAGUCGCUCUGGAUAAGAGCGUCUGCUAAAUGACUAAAAUGUAAAAUGUAAAUGUAAUGUGAUGUACUUUAUCUUUCAUGCAGGUUUAUUGUGCUAAUUCCAUAACAAAUUAUCAUUAUAGCUUGAAGUCCCAAUUUUACAUGUCAAAUAGCAGCCCAUGCCUCAUCUCAGAUCCAAACACUUUCACCAAGUCAAAGAAAACCUCAGUGAGGGAGACAGAUGGUAUUUUUACUUUAUGGGUAAUUAGAGACGUUAUUUUUUAUUGACCUUAGGACACAGACUUGACACAGCUUAUUUCAAGCCUCCAAUGCAAGCCUAUGAUCUUUGAGACAGUACCCCUUCUGUGAAGUGUGUGUGACCCUGGUCACUGACCCAUUCUCUCCCCAUUGUCUAUCAGCACCUGAAAGCUGGGUUCCCGAAGGGUUAAAGUUAAGGUUAUAGAGAGAGGGGCUGCGUUCACACAGGCAGCCCAAUUCUGACAUUUCUUCCACUAAUUGGUCUUUUGGCCAUCACAUCAGAUCUUUUCACAUAGAGAUGACAUGAUUGGUCAAAUUAAUAGGGCUGCCUGUCUAAACAAAGCCCCGGGUGAGGGCGGCCACUGACCCGUUCUCUCCCCACUAUGGUUCCUCAGCACCUGAAGGCUGGGCCCCUGAAGGACCCUCUGCUGGACGACCAGGGGGACUUCAACAGGAUGUGCGGGGCCAUGAAGAAGAUCGGCCUGGAUGAUACGGAGAAGCUGGACCUGUUCAGGGUGGUGGCCGGAGUGCUGCACCUGGGCAACAUCGACUUUGAGGAGGCAGGGAGCACAUCAGGUAAGCAGGGUGACGGUUGGUCGGUCUCUGUCUGACUAUUUCUCUCUCUCACUCACUCACUCACUCACUCACUCACUCACUCUCUCUCUCACUCCCUAUAGUUUCCACAUCAGGUGAGCCAAGUCUUUCUCUCUCGCUCUCUGUAUAUCUCUCUCGCUCUCUUACCCACACUCACUCACUGCUCAUCAUAGUUUCAAUUGUUUUUUGCAUGCUUGUAUGCAAGCUUUCUUAAAGUGAUACUUCAGAAUUUUGGCAAUGAGGCCCUUUAUCUACUUUCCCUUAGUCAGAUGAACUCGUGGAUACCAUUUUUAUGUCUCUGUGUGCAGUUUGAAGGAAGUUACUAGCUAGCGCAAUUGCUAACUAGCGUUAGCUCAAUGACUGGAAGUCUAUGGAUAUCUGUUAGCAUGCUAGUAGAUACCCAUAGACUUCCAGUCACUGCGCUUAUGCUAGUUAGCAUUGCAUCACGAAACUACCUCUAACUUCAUACUGGACACAGACAUACAAAUGGUAUCCAUGAUUUCAUCUGACAAAAUCCCGAAGUAUCCCUUUAACACAUGGCUGGCUUAUGAGAUGUCGUGUCAGACUACAUUGCUCCAGAACACACACUAUUUGGUACACUAACCAAUAACAAAGACACAGCCGUCUCUGUCAGUGCAGUGACAAUAUGAGUAAAGGACCAGGGCACAGGACAGGAAGUCUAAGGGAUGCUGAGAAAGUGGUAGUUAAUAAAGUUUUGUCACAGAGCUGGCAGAUACCUUGGCAUAUUCUCAAUGUGUGUUGUUGCAUGAAGAAGUAAUCUGUCUAGUCUACCCACAAAAACAAUCCUCUCGUUGUGUCCGGGCAGCAGAUGCCAUUUUGCUGUGGUCCGCCAGGACACCCUGCUCUGUGAAUGAUGCAGAGGUUGUUGAUUCUGCUCACCACAAGUCUUGAGUGUCACACUCCUGAUGGAAACACCAUAACACUAGAGCUCACAUUAACAUAAAACACUGGCGGCCCACUGGUGUGGGGGUCUCAAUGGAAAAGCACCAUUGUUGUAGUCUGUGAAAGGGCGUUUGUUCACUAUUAAAGAGCCAUUACAGACACCGCGGACGCUGGGGACUAGUCCUUCUCCUCCCCAUUCAUUAUUAAUACAAAGCCAUCGGAGUAACUGAUGAAAUGACUCUCAUGUGUCUCUUUGUGAAUGUCGCUCUUUGUAGUCAUCUGCGGUAAUAUCUUACAGAAUCAUCUUGUAGAUUUGUAUUGUUAGAGCAAGUUAGUAUAUUCUCUUAUUUGUCAGGACUGAUGCAUUACAUUGUGAAUGUCUUGGGCUCUCCUCUACUCACUGACUCCACAUUACACAUGCUGUUCCCGACAACCCAGAGGAAGAUCACAUUUCUAUGGGAAUAAACCAUUUAUUUUGAACAUCAGAGUAAAACUUUAACGUAGUGGCUUUCAGCCCCCCCCCCCCCCCCCCCCCCCCUCGCUGGAAGUAAAGUGAGAGGCACAGCAUGGUGGCAUUUAAAAAGAGUAGUUUGUACUCAGCGGGAGUCUCCCGUGGGCACGCUUUUACAGCAGACCGAAGCAAAGAGUCCAGUCAGAGAAGAUAAUGAACAUGAGAUGUGAACUGUCCUGCUGCUCCCUGUCCCUAACAUGAAACACAGGAUAUACUGCCUCUGCUCCUUUGAGAGGGUCUCCUUCCUGUGUAGCACCUACAACUUUCCCCGUUAUCUCCCUUCUUCCAAUGUCCCCACCAAACUAUCCCCCUUAUCCCUUCUUGUGUCGCCCCUAAACUGUUCCCCUUAUCCCCUCCUUUUUGUGUCGCCCCUAAACUGUCCCCCUUAUCCCCUCCUUCCUGUGUCACCCCUAAACUGUCCCCCGUAUCCCCUCCUUCCUGUGUCGCCACCAAACUGUCCUCCCAUAGAGGAUGAGGACUAAUCUUUGUAUCUGUGCCAUUAUAGCGUCUGUGACAGCAUGGGCAGCGCCAUUAAAGCAAUCUCCAUUUUGAAGUAGUCCAUUUUCUUCUUCACGAUUGGCUGAUCCCUCCUGAUGACCCGGUUGGACAUGACUCCAACAGGGUCACCAGGAGGAAUCAGCCAAUGAAGUUGGAAGUCCAACCCAGUUGACUACAUUAAAAAGGUCAUGCUAAUACGGCCUUUUGGCCACUAGAGGCCUCUAUCAUUCUCUAUGGUCUCCUUUUCCCCUCCUUCCUGUGUCAUCCUUAGAACUGUCCAUCAAAUCCCCUCCAUACUUUCCCACUAUCCCCCCUCUGGUCCACCCCUGGCUGGCAUGGUAGGUGACUUAUGAAUUGCAUAGUGAUGGAGUGCUAUGGUUCAGGAAUCAUUUAUGAAUAAUGUUUCAUUUGGAAAUGGAUUAGGAAAUAGAUUGGCGGAGGUUAAGUCUGCACUGAUAAAUCAUGUGAGAUUGAUUGCAGGCUUUGUCCUGAUAUUAUUGAGACCAGACCAAGGUGAAUCUCCAUAUGUAGCUAGUGCUUUAAAAAAAAAUGAUAGGCCCAUAGCUAGUGACAGUAUUUUAUCUUAUCCAGAGCGACUUACAGGAGCAAUUGCUCAAGGGAACAUCGACCGAUUUCUUUCACCUAGUCGGGUUGGGGAUUCGAACCAGCGACCUUUCGAUUAAUGGCUCUUAACCGCUAGGCUACCUACCGCAAUGUAUGUGCACUCACUAUCUGCACAUUUACCCAGUGUCAGAGCUUGCUCAAUCUCUAAUAAAAUCACUCUUGACAUUUUGACUUUGACAUUGAAUGACAGCUGUAUAGUAGCUAAAUUCCUACUAGUCGUUCACAACAUCUAAACAUCGUCCUUACAACGUUACUAACAACAUUACUAACUACUCAUAACGUUAUCGUUCUCUAUGUCUGUUCCACCAGGCGGCUGCACCAUAAAGAACCAGUCAAGCCAGACGGUGGAGUACUGUGCUGUGCUUCUGGGUCUGGAAGAGCAGGACCUGAGUGUCAGCCUCACGUCCAGGGUCAUGCUCACCACAGCAGGGGGCGCCAAAGGAACAGUUAUCAAGUAAGUCACCAUAGCUCAGGUCAUGUAUCUCUCUGUGCUGAGAGUUAAAAAUAGGAGCGCCACUCUGUCACACACAAGGCAGCAUCAGCCAGCAGCAGCCAAGCAUGCAUCCUCCCUCCCAAACUCCCUCCCUCCCUCUGCCCUGCUAUAUUUCUCCUGUUGAUGAUCGAACACACACACCACUGGUAGAGUUAGAGCUGAGCAGUGGAGAGGAGAGAGAAACACAGUAUUACAUGCAGAGAAGAAAGAAGGUCAUGUUGCUGUGGGAAACAAUAAGGUCAUGUUGCUGUGGGAAACAAUAAGGUCAUGUUGCUGUGGGAAACAAUAAGGUCAUGUUGCUGUGGGAAACAAUAAGGUCAUGUUGCUGUGGGAAACAAUAAGUCAUGUUGCUGUGGGAAACAAGUGUAGCCUAGGUUGUGCGCUCUGCAAACAACGUGUCCACUCCUACAAAUGACAACGGUAAGACUGUAAUAAUAGUAUUGGAUGCAUUAACAGAAAUUACCGUAACCAAAAAAAACAUUGUAGAUGAUAAAUUAUGGUAAUGACCUACUGGUGUGCCUCCGCAAUGGAUUAGUCCACUCAGACAGGCCGUGAUCAGACGGGUGUCUGGAUUAGUCCACUCAGACAGGCCUGAAUCAGACGGGUGUCUGGAUUAGUCCACUCAGACAGGCCUGAAUCAGACGGGUGUCUGGAUUAGUCCACUCAGACAGGCCUGAAUCAGACGGGUGUCUGGAUUAGUCCACUCAGACAGGCCUGAAUCAGACGGGUGUCUGGAUUAGUCCACUCAGACAGGCCUGAAUCAGACGGGUGUCUUGUGUGCCAUAAUUCUUUGUAAAAUAUAUAUGCCACUGCUUGACAAAACAAUAAUGGUUGACCAACAGCCUAUCGAUCAAACAAUGGACCAAACAAUGAACCAGUCGACUAAAUGGGGUCAACCCUAGUUCCCAACUGGCAGCCCACGGGCUGAAUUUUGCCUGAGGGUGAUUUUAUUUUGCCCCCCCCCCAAAAUAUACAUUUAUGUUAUUUUAAUUUUAUUGUUGGACAUAAAAUACUGUAAAAACACCAGGAAAUCAGCUCCAAGUGAUUUUCAUUUUGAAAAUCUGUUCCAAAGUAUUCCCACGCAUAAUAGUGACACUGUAUAUGUGAUUGUAUAUAAAAGUAAGCAAGGUUUGAAAUUAUUGUUUUAGUCAAAUAUUAUAUCCGUUUGGGCUUCUUGCGGAAAAUUUGCAGUCUACAAAUUAUUUGUAAUUAUGCUCCGGCCCCCUGACCAUCCGCUCAAGAAAACAUCGGCCCGCGGCUGAAUCUAGUUGAUGAUCCCUGCCCUAUAUAGUGCACUACAUUUGACAGAGCACUAUAUAGAAAAUAGUGUGCCAUUUGGGACACAGUCCCUAUCUCUAUCUACACCAUGGCCUUGCAUCUAUUUAGCCGUGGCUCAGUCUAUCUAAUGCCUGACUGUGAUUGUUGUAUGGGCAGUUUGGCGCUCACUCGGCUCGCCAACCUGAAUGCCAAGCCACUCGCUACCUGCAAUUACCCUCCCGCCCUCCCACGCUAAUGUUUGUCUGUUGUUUUAUCUGUGGAGCGAGAGACACUUUUACACAGUACUUGUGCUUUAAGUGCUGGUUUAUAUGGGCCUGGCUUUGCCUUUAUGUGUGCUUCCUAAAUGACACCCUAUUUCCUACGUAGGGCGUAAUAAUAAGCAAUGAGUUAGUGGUGUACAAUGCCUUGUGGUCCCAUGUGGCUCAGUUGGUAGUGCAUGGCAGGGUUGUGUGUUCGAUAAUCAAUAGCAAUGUGUGAGUACAGUUACAGGAAAAUACUUAUAAAGGGUGGGGGAUUUGAACUGGCUCUCUCUGCGGGGCUAUUUUUAUGACUUACAGUGAGGGGGAAAAAAGUAUUUGAUCCCCUGCUGAUUUUGUAAGUUUGCCCACUGACAAAGAAAUGAUAAGUCUAUAAUUUAAAUGGUAGGUUUAUUUGGAACAGUGAGAGACAGAAUAACAACAAAAAAAUCCAGAAAAACGCAUGUCAAAAAUGUUAUAAAUUGAUUUGCAUUUUAAUGAGGGAAAUAAGUAUUUGACCCCCUCUCAAUCAGAAAGAUUUCUGGCUCCCAGGUGUCUUUUAUACAGGUAACGAGCUGAGAUUAGGAGCACACUCUUAAAGGAAGUGCUCCUAAUCUCAGUUUGUUACCUUUAUAAAAGACACCUGUCCACAGAAGCAAUCAAUCAAUCAGAUUCCAAACUCUCCACCAUGGCCAAGACCAAAGAGCUUUCCAAGGAUGUCAGGGACAAGAUUGUAGACCUACACAAGGCUGGAAUGGGCUACAAGACCAUCGCCAAGCAGCUUGGUGAGAAGGUGACAACAGUUGGUGCGAUUAUUCGCAAAUGGAAGAAACACAAAAGAACUGUCAAUCUCCCUCGGCCUGGGGCUCCAUGCAAGAUCUCACCUCGUGGAGUUGCAAUGAACGUGAGAACGGUGAGGAAUCAGCCCAGAACUACACGGGAGGAUCUUGUCAAUGAUCUCAAUUCAGCUGGGACCAUAGUCACCAAGAAAACAAUUGGUAACACACUACGCCGUGAAGGACUGAAAUCCUGCAGCGCCCGCAAGGUCCCCCUGCUCAAGAAAGCACAUAUACAGGCCCGUCUGAAGUUUGCCAAUGAACAUCUGAAUGAUUCAAAUGAGAACUGGGUGAAAGUGUUGUGGUCAGAUGAGACCAAAAUUGAGCUCUUUGGCAUCAACUCAACUCGCCGUGUUUGGAGGAGGAGGAAUGCUGCCUAUGACCCCAAGAACACCAUCCCCACCGUCAAACAUGGAGGUGGAAACAUUAUGCUUUGGGGGUGUUUUUCUGCUAAGGGGACAGGACAACUUCACCGCAUCAAAGGGACGAUGGACGGGGCCAUGUACCGUCAAAUCUUGGGUGAGAACCUCCUUCCCUCAGCCGGGGCAUUGAAAAUGGGUCGUGGAUGGGUAUUCCAGCAUGACAAUGACCCAAAACACACUGCCAAGGCAACAAAGGAGUGGCUCAAGAAGAAGCACAUUAAGGUCCUGGAGUGGCCUAGCCAGUCUCCAGACCUUAAUCCCAUAGAAAAUCUGUGGAGGGAGCUGAAGGUUCGAGUUGCCAAACGUCAGCUUCGAAACCUUAAUGACUUGGAGAAGAUCUGCAAAGUGGAGUGGGACAAAAUCCCUCCUGAGAUGUGUGCAAACCUGGUGGGCAACUACAACAAUCGUCUGUCCUCUGUGAUUGCCAACAAGGGUUUUGUCACCAAGUACUAAGUCAUGUUUUGCAGAGGGGUCAAAUACUUAUUUCUGUCAUUAAAAUGCAAAUCAAUUUAUAAAAUUUUUGACGUGUUUUUCUGGAUUUUUUUGUUGUUAUUCUGUCUUUCACUGUUCAAAUAAACCUACCAUUAAAAUUAUAUACAGAUUGUGUCUUUGUCAGUGGGCAAACAUACAAAAUAAGCAGGGGUUCAAAUACUUUGAGAGAGAGGAGAGAGAAGAGAGAGAGAGGAAGAGAGGAGAGAGAGAAAGAGAGAGAGAGAUAGAGAAAGCGAGAGAGAGAGAUAGAAGGAGAUAGGACUAUAGAUGAUGCUAGAUAGAGACCCCUCGCUCUCUACUCUAUCUCUCGCUACUCUCGUCCUUCUCUAUCUCUCCUCUCUCGCUCUCUCUCUUCUCUCUCUCUCUCUCGCCUCUGCUCUCUCUCUCUCUCCUCUCUCUCGCUCUCUCUCUCUCCUCUUCUCUCUCUCUCUCUCUCUCUCUCUUCUCUCUCUCUGUUUCUCUUCGCUCUCUCUCUCUCUUCUCCUUUCAUACCUCUUCCUAUGUCAAUUGAAUGUAAACUUUGCCUACUGUAAAUUCAAAAAGAUGUGGCACGUGAUCUAGUAAGCAAAUACCUCCUUGUUACGCAACGUUGUAAAGGCCAGGUGUGCUCAGCCAGCACGUCACGCUAAAAAAAUCCCUUUCCUGUGAAAAUGGCUUCUAUGUUUCCCAUUUUAACAGAGCCCUAUGGGCCAGUAGUUCACUAGGCCUACAUAGGGAAUAGGGUGCCAUUUGGGACUAUGGCCCUUGUCACAAGGCCAAGCAAACAACUGUGUGUGUGCCCAUUCCUCUGCCCAGUGAUUGGAAACACAUUUCCUUCAAAUGCACGUUGCUCAAACUAUUUCAGAUGUGCCUGAGUGCCUGCAAUAGUGUGAGCUGUGAAGAUUGACUGGCACACCUAAUGUGCCCCAAAAGUGGCAAUCUUUGAGUUGAUUGCCUGGAUAAAGAGAAGAGAGAGAGAGACUCAGCGAGGGCAGGGCAGUCCUCCAUUCUCUCAUUAAACCCAUGUACAGUACACAGACUCAUUUAAUGACAUGUGAGCUUCUCAACUUCCUGAUGACAUCUGAAAACAUGGUGCCGGAGAUGAUUUUAUGGAGAUCAUUGAGCAAGGUGGCCUUCAUAAGGAAUACACACAUCACCGCUACUGUUAGUGUUCUGGCAAACCUCUUGGUUUUGAAAUGAGGCCAAGGCUUAACCCUUGUUUUCAAAUGUUUUAACUGUGGCCUCUUCUCACUGGCUGGAAGAAGCAAAGGGAAUAUGAAUUAAACAUGUGGUGUGGUAGAGAGAGAGGCCAGGUGUACUAAGAGCUGGGGGGUCAAGGGUGUAAGAUUAGUUGGUGGGGUGAGGAUGGGGUCAUCAUGGAGAGUCCUUUUCUUGUGGGAUUUGGCUGUCGUUUCAACACAUCAGCCAGUGCUGAAGGGAGAUCCAUGGGGGGGGACGAGAUAAUGGAUAUGUCCUGCCCCGAGAGAGUGUGUGUGUGUGUGUAAUGGAGGUGAAUGUGUGUGAGAAGAAUCUGAAAUCAUUACUAAGGUGGACUUGGACAUAGACAUUAUGUACUCAGAGAACUGCUAAGUGCCACAAGUAGAGAAUUAGUUAUUUUCUGUCAUGCCUUUAAGUGCAUGACAAUGAUGUUUGUGAAGCAAAGUGCAGAGGUAAAGCUUGUUGAGAAACAGGGUAUUCAGGAGGAACUUUAAAUCCACGGGGUAUUCCUGAGGAACUUUAAGUCCACGGGGUAUUCAUGUUGUAUGCUUUUCAUUCCUCUUCAUUCUUAGCCCUCUCUCUUUGGUCUCUGAUUAUUGAGCUACAUACUUGACUGCAGUCAGAGCGCCAAGGCAAUUAUAAUACCUACACAGAGCUGUGACGCUUAUACCUUCUCUCAUUGUUAUGGCUCCUUAUCACAUUACAGUCACUCUUUUCCCCAAGAUAUCAAUAAUGCAAUUAUCCACAUGGGAAACCAAGCAGGACCUUGAACAGUUCCGCAGACCCACGGUGGUGAAUGGAUGGGAUUAGUGAGUGACUCUGUCGUCUUGAGUUGUGGGCUACUUGUUUCACCAGCCACCAGUGCUCAGGUUUAUAUGUUGUUGCUGUAUGUUUCUUUGCUGGUGAAAAAUCAAAUUUCCCCUCGUGCGAUUAAUUAGAUUUAGAUCAGAUAUACUUAAUUGUAUGUUAUUCACAGAAAUGUACUUUGCGUACAGAAAAGUCAAGUUUAUUCAUUUCAGUUCAAUGACGUGCUCUCUCGCUCUCUCCCCCGCUCUCUCUCUCCCCCCCUCUCUCCUCCCUCUCUCUCUCCACCUCCCCCACUCCAGAGUGCCACUGAAAGUGGAGCAGGCAAAUAACGCACGGGAUGCCCUGGCCAAGGCAGUGUACAGCCGGCUGUUUGACCACGUGGUCACCAGGGUCAACCAGUGCUUCCCGUUCCACUCCUCCGCCAACUUCAUCGGGGUUCUGGAUAUCGCAGGCUUCGGUCUGUACCCCUUCUAUGUGCCCUAUGUACAGUGCUUUCAGAAAGUAUUCAUACCUCUUGACUUAUUCCAUAUUUUGUUGUUUUACAGCCUGAAUUCAACAUUUAUAAAAAAUAAACAAUAAAUCUCACCCAUCUACACACAAUACCCCCUAAUGGCAAAGUGAAAACAUGUUUUUGAAAUUGUUGCAAAUGUAUUUUAAAAAAGUUAUUCAGAAAUAUCUGAUUUACGUAAGUAUUCACACCCCUGAGUCAAUACUUUGUUGAAGCACCUUUGACAACGAUUACAGCUGUGAGUCUUUCUGUCUCGAAGAGGUUUCUGUAUUGUGUAACAUUUGCCCAUUAUUCUUUUCAAAAUUCUUCAAGCUCUGUCAAAUUGGUUGUUGAUCAUUGCUAGACAACCAUUUUCAGGUCUUGCAAUAGAUUUUCAAGCAGAUUUAAGUCAAAACUGUAACUCGGCCACUCAGGACAAUUCACAGUCUUUUUGGUAAGCAAUUCCAGUGUAGAUUUGGCCUUGUGUUUUAGGUUAUUGUCCUGCUGAAAAGUGAAUUCAUCUCUCAGUGUCUGUUGGAAAGUAGACUGAACCAGGUUUUCCUCUAGGAUAUUGCCUUUUUUUUGUGCCUUUUUUUUGCCUUUUUUUAUCCUGAAAAACUCCCCAGUCCUUAGCGAUUACAAGCGUACCCAUAACAUGAUGCAGCCACCACUAUGCUUAAAAAUAUGGAGAGUGGUACUCAGUAAUAAUGUGUUGAACUGGAUUUGCCCCAAUUUGUAUUCAGGACAGAAAGUGAAUUGCUUUGCCACCAUUUUUGCAGUAGUGCCUUGUUGCAAAUAGGAUGCAUGUUUUGGAAUAUUUUGUAUUGUGUACAUGCUUCCUUCUUUUCACUGUCAAUUAGGUUAGUAUUGUGGAGUAACUACAAUUUAUUUAUUUUAUUUUACCUUUAUUUAACUAGGCAAGUCAGUUAAGAACAAAUUAUUAUUUACAAUGACGGCCUACACCGGCCAAAGCUGGGCCAAUUGUGCGCCGCCCUAUGGGACUCCCAAUCACGGCCGGUUGUGAUACAGCCUGGAAUCGAACCAGGGGGUCUGUAGUGACGCCUCAAGCACUGAGAUGCAGUGCCUUAGACCGCUGCGCCACUCUGGAGCCCAAUGUUAUUGAUCGAUCCUCAGUUUUCUCCUAUCACAGCCAUUAAACUCUGUAACUGUUUUAAAGUCAGCAUUGGCCUCUUGGUGAAAUCCCUGAGCUGUUUCCUUCCUCUCCGGCAAGUUAGGAAGGACACCUGUAUCAUUGUAAUAACUGGGUGUAUUGAUACACAAUCCAAAGUGUAAUUAAUAACUUCACCAUGCUCAAAGGGAUAUUCAAUGUCUGCUUUUUUUCUUCUUUUUUUUAAUCUAGCAAUAGUUGCCCUUCUUUACGAGGCAUUGGAAAACCUCCCUGGUCUUUGUGGUUGAAUCUGUGUUUGAAAUUCACUGCUCAACUGAGGGACCUUACAGAUAAUUGUAUGUGUGGGGUACAGAGAUGAGGUAGUCAUUCAAAAAGAAUGUUUAACACUAUUAUUGCACACCGAGUGAGUCCAUGCAACUCAUUAUGUAACUUGUUAAGCACAUCUUUACUCCUGAACUUAUUUAGGCUUGCCAUAAAGAAAGGGGUUGAAUACUUAUUGACUCAAGAAAUGUCAGCUUUCCAUUUUAAAUUCAUUUGUAAAGAUACAUUAAUUCCACUUUGACAUUAUGGGGUAUUGUGUGUAGGCCAGUGACACAAAACCCUAAUUGAAUCCAUUUUAAUUUCAGGCUGUAACACAACAAUUUGGAAAAAGUCGAGGGGUGUGAAUACUUUCUGAAGGCACUGUACAAUCUAUGUGUUCUAUGGAUGUGAUACAUGAUGCCACAUGAUAUGAUAGUAGUAGUACACUUUAUUAUCCCUCAGGGGGGAAAAUGGUUUUGCAGCAUAAUUGUCCAUUAAAACAACUUCAACAACAACAUACAUCUCCCCACGAGACACAUUAUACAGAACAUAACAUGAACCACACAUUGCAUAUAAUUGCAAGAGUCCAUUAGUCAGAGACAGUGGUGGUUUACGGCAAAAGUGCUUGGUUUUUUAAUGUGUUUUCGUUUCCUAAUGUCUCUCUUCCAGAGUACUUUGAGCACAACAGCUUUGAACAGUUCUGCAUCAACUACUGUAACGAGAAGCUGCAGCAGUUCUUCAACGAACGCAUUCUGAAAGAGGUGAGCGCUUCUUCCUAGGUCUGUGUGUGUUCACCCCAAUGUCCCUGCCUCCUUAGCUGACAUCCCAGUUGUCCAACCAGGGCUCAACCUCAAGUUGUCUUUCUGCGAUUCCUAGCAUCUUAUCUCCUUGCCUCCUUCUAAACUAUUUGAGGGGAAUGUCCAUGGGUCCCUCCCAUCUGACCUUCUUCUUCUUCAAUGCCUUUUGAGAAGGAGGCGAGGAGAGAGGAUGCAAGAAAUCGAGAAAUUCUGAACGUCAUUAUAUAUUAUUGUUAUUGGAACUGUUCUGUUUUGAAUUCUAGGAACAAGAGCUGUAUCAGAAGGAGGGCCUUGGAGUAAACGAGGUCCGGUAUGUCGACAAUCAGGACUGCAUAGGUUUGUCUAAUCUUAAUACCAUUACAUCACAUCAUUUCAGAGGUUUAGCCUACGUACAGUAUCCUCCACCUAGUUUCCAGUGUUUUCCCCCUGUUUUAUCAAUGUGUUGCCAUUCCAUGUUCUUCUGACUAGAGAUCUGUUUUGGCUUCUGCGUGGGAAGCUGGAGUAGCUGACCCCGAGCCUUGACCCAGAGUAAUGUUGCAUGGUCAACAGAAAGAAAGCCAGUUGAUGGGAGGUAGAUUGAUUGAGUAUUUUGCAGAGCACACCCAAACUUACUUUCCCCUCUGUUUGAGAUAUGGGGGUGGUACGGUGGCAGGACGCCAGAGAGAGGAAUGGAGGUGACGGGGGUUAAUGCUGGAUAGAAUGGGGUCUGGUUCAGUAGAAUGGGGACUGGCUCGGUAGAAUGGAGUCUUUUCCUCCCCAAAAAUGACUUGUCACCUAUUAUUUGGCUGUGCAUUUCUGUGUAUGAGAGAUUAUAUAUCCUCCUGGAUUGGCAGAGGAAAAAAGUGUAAGGGACGGUCUAUUGUGAUUCUAUUGUGAUAGGUCGCCCGUGACGUUGCGGCGAGCAAUCCCAAUAAUAUGCAGCUUUGAGCUUUUAUGUGUCAAACACAUUCUGUUUGAGCAACCCGUUGUUUAGACCAAGACGCAUCAGAGGAAAUACACAGUGAGAAGCUCCAUUCUAGGGUUUUUUCUGGACCACUAAUGGGGCUUUGGUGGUGGGCGUCCUGAGAGGCCAUCCUGUUGGCCGCAGUUACCAAAUGUUGCUGUUUUAAAGCUAACUUCCUGCAAUUCUACACAUUUUGCCAUGAUGUGGAAAGUGACUCAAACAUUAUAACAAAAUCAAUUGGGCCCAAUGAUAGGACAAAAAUACCCCUGAAUGCAUCAUAAACAAUCUUUAAAAAAUCUCCCUGACUGUCUAGCUUUCAUUUAGGUGAUUGUUAGUUCUCUAAGAUUGUUUUAUUUAAAAAUAUAUAGGUUUUAGUCGUUGAAGUUUACACUGAAAAUAUUUUUCCAUCCCAAUUUUUUUAAACUUACCUUUCUAUGCAUAAAACCCCCUGCAAUCUCUCUCUCUCUAGACUAACCUAUGGAAAGAGUGAGUCACUGCAGCUCUAACUUUGGAUGUGUCAUUCAGUUAUUUCUUAAUGAGCCAUUGCCCUCACCUGCAGAGUGGUCUGUGUAGGUCAAGGUCAGGCUAUUCUGAACUGAAACAUUUUCAUUAUUUUAUUACACCUUAAAUUGGUUUUUGACAGGUACACCUCCCUUCCCUAGCAUAAUUGGAUAUCUUACACCUUCAGUGGCCCUGGACUAUACAAAGACUAAACCCCUAAUGAAAUACAUGAGGCAACAGGCUAGGAUAGCUCUAAGGCUACACUGGCUGAUUGGAUACAGUCAUUUUGGGAUCUCUUGACCCCUGACUCCUGACCGCUGUGUCUGUCUACAGACCUUGUGGAGGCCAAGCUGGUGGGCAUCCUGGACAUCCUGGAUGAAGAGAACCGUCUACCUCAGCCCAGCGACCAGCACUUUGCAGAGACAGUACAUAACAAGCACAAGAACCACUUCCGACUGACCGUGAGUUCUUACUUUAACCAGGAUUGAUGUCCUUUCUCUGUGUAGUUAUAGGCUGUGUGCGUUUUAUCAGCUGUAAUGUCAGUCGUGGGUUUGUUAAGCCAUUGGAAUAAGUCUUGUUUCUGUGGUUGUAUUUUUUUACUUAGUUAAAAUGGAUAGCGUGAAAUGUGUUCCUCAGGUGCCCCGGAAAUCCAAGCUGCAAGUUCACAGGAAUGUGAGGGAUGACGAGGGAUUCAUCGUCAGACACUUUGCAGGAGCGGUGUGCUAUGAGACGGUACGUUUAUGUUCACAAAAUGAAUCGGCAGGAUGUCUGAAGGAUAGAAAACAUCAACAUUACAUCUUUUAUAUGAUCAGACUUCGGUCUAUUUAAGUAAUCCACUAUGUCCUUGCGGUAGGCUAUACUACAGCAUCUCCAACCAAACAUUCUCCUCCUCUUUGAAACCUGCACAAAACCCAGCAUGUGGAACUCAGUUUCUUUUUAACACAAGUACCCCACUUAUCUUCCAACCAGAGUAGCAAUUUCCUGAACCGGGUUCUUCUGCAUCUUUAAGGUUUUACAUUUACUCUGACUUGCAGACCAAGUUUGUGGAGAAGAACAAUGACGCGCUACACAUGUCCCUGGAGUGCCUGGUGAGUGAGUCUAAGGACCGGUUUAUCCGGGAGCUCUUUGAGAACUCCAACAACACCAAGGACUCCAAACAGAAGGCCGGCAAGCUCAGCUUCAUCAGCGUCGGCAACAAAUUCAAGGUGAGGACGAAUUUUAAUCUACUGCCUUUUACUAUCACACUUUAUUAAUGUGCUGCUCAACAUGGCAGGUAUCCCAAAUGGCACCCUAUUCUCUAUAAAGUGUGCUACUUUUGACCAGGACCCAUAGGGCUCUGGUCAAAAUUAGUACACUAUGUAGGCAAUAGGGUGCCAUUUGGGAUGCAACCGUGGAAUACUGGGGGGAAAGGGUAUGAAUGUCAAUUUUAAAAGUCCAGUUUAGCCAUUUCUAUCUCAAUAUCAAGUCAUUUUCUGGUAACAAUUAAGUACCUUACUGUGAUGGUUUUCAAUUAAAAUGGGCCAAAAUAAACAAAUAGCUUCUUAGCAAAGGACAAUUUCUCAAUAAAUAAUGUAGCUAGGACUGUCUGGGAGUGGUCUGAGUGAGGAGUGGAAAACUAGCUGUUAUUGGCAGGGAGGUUUGGAACUCUCUUUCUUAUUGGUCUAUUAACUAAUUUACCACCUGGUUAUGUCACCAGGCAGGCCAAAACGCCAUCCCACCAAAAAAGACUACAAUUUCGUGCGGUCUUUUCAAACAGCCCUUACAUUAAAAGGGUAUCAUAAUUUUCACAAUUUAUAGUAUUAUUACAACCUCAUAAACACUACCAGUUAAAAGUUUGGACACACCUACUCAUUCAAGGGUUUUUCUUUAUUUUGACUAUUUUUACAUUGUAGAAUAAUAGUGACAUAUGGAAUCAUGUAGUAACCAAAAAAGUGUUAAAAAAAUCAAAAUAUAUUUUAUAUUUGAGAUUCUUCAAAUAGCCACCCUUUGCCUUGAUGACAGCUUUGCACACUCUUGGCAUUCUCUCAACCAGCUUCAUGAGGUAGUCACCUGGAAUGCAUUUCAAUUAACAGGUGUGCCUUCAUAAAAGUUAAUUUGUGGAAUUUCCUUCCUUCUUAAUGCGUUUGAGCCAAUCAGUUCUGUUGUGACAAGGUAGGGGGGUUAUACAGAAUAUAGCCCUAUUUGGUAAAAGACCAAGUCCAUAUUAUGGCAAGAAAAGCUCAAAUAAGCAAAGAGAAACGACAGUCCAUCAUUACUUUAAGACAUGAAGGUCAGUUAAUACGGAAGUUAAUACGUCAGUUAAUAAGGUCAGUUAAUCUUCAAGUGCAGUCGCAAUAACCAUCAAGCGCUAUGAUGAAACUGGUUCUCAUGAGGACUGCCACAGGAAUGGAAGACCGAGUUACCUCUGCUGCAGAGGAUAUGUUCAUUAGAGUUACCAGCCUCAGAAAUUGCAGUCCAAAUAAAUGCAUCACAGAGUUCAAGUCACAGACACAUCUCAACAUCAACUGUUCAGAGGGGACUGUGUGAAUCAGGCCUUCAUGGUCAAAUUGCUGCAAAGAAACCACUACUAAAGGACACCAAUAAUUCAAAUUUGAGAUUUUUGGUUCCAACCGCUGUAUCUUUGUGAGAUGCGGUGUGGGUGAACGGAUGAUAUCCGCAUGUGUAGUUCCCACUGUAAAGCAUGGAGGAGGAGGUGUUAUGGUGUGGGGGUGCUUUGCUGGUGACACUGUCUGUGAUUUAUUUAGAAUUCAAGGCACACUUAACCAGCAUGGCUACCACAGCAUUCUGCAGCGAUACGCCAUCCCAUCUGGUUUGGGCUUAGUGGGACUAUAAUUUGCUUUUCAACAGGACAAUGACCCAACACACCUCCAGGCUGUGUAAGGGCUAUUUGACCAAGAAGGAGAGUGAUGGAGUGCUGCGUCAGAUGACCUGGCCUCCACAAUCCCCCGACCUUGAGAUGGUUUGGGAUGAGUCAGACGGCAGAGUGAAGGAAAAGCAGCCAACAAGUGAUCAGCAUAUUUGGGAACUCCUUCAAGACUGUUGGAAAAGCAUUGAAGCUGGUUGAGAGAAUGCCAAGAGUGUGCAGAGCUGUCAUCAAGGCAAAGGGUGGCUACUUUAAGAAUCUCAAAUAUAAAAUAUUAUUUGGUUACUACAUGAUUCCAUAUGUGUUAUUUCAUAGUUUUGAUGUCUUCACUAUUAUUCUACAAUGUAGAAAAUAGGAAAAAUAAAGAAAAACCCUUGAAUGAGUAGGUGUGUCCAAACCUUUGACUGGUACUGUAUACUGUAUAUAAAACACAGGAAAAUCCGGUUUUUGACUGCACUGGGCCUUUUAUUAGCUGUAGCAGGUGUGUUCAUGUUUGUUACAUUUAUCUUGUGUUUUAUAUACAAAACAGUAGCAUCAAGGCUAUUUUGUUACUUUAUAGUCAUAACAGUGAUACUCUUUCUUACUCUAUGCUGUGUUCCUGUAGGAAGUGUUAUGAUGCUGUGUCUGUUGUAAGUGAAAUCAGAGGAGCUUUCGGUUGCUGCAAUAUUCAUUCCUGUUAAUAAGCAGUUCUUAUAAGCUGUCAUAGGUACUGCUAGACACAGAGAAGAAGGAAAGUUGGAGUACAAUAGUUACGAAAAGUUACAUUCAAAUUUUAGAGGAUUUGAAUGGUGCUUAUUUUUCAUGGUUGCGUAAUGUUUUUUGAUAGUGUUUUCUGAUUGAAUCUUCCUCUGUUUUAGUUUCCACAGAGUUCAUUUUGUUUCUGUAUUCUGUUAGUAUUGUUCUUCCUAAUCUCUCUCCCUCCCACUGUUCCUCCUUCCGUUCUGUUCUUCAUUCCUCCUCCCUCUAUCUCUCCAUCCUUUCCCUAUCCCCCAUCAUAGCUGUGAUUUAAAGUCCAGGUGUGUAGAGAGGGGGAGAAAUACAGACAGGAAAAGUAGAAACAUAUAGGGGGUCAAAUCAGAAUCAGCCAGGGAAAUAAGGUAACUUGUCCUGUUCUGUUGUGUGCUAUGAAUCCCGCAAUGCAUCAGUGAAUAAAUCAGGGAACACCCUGCUGUUCUCCAGCUAACCGCCUGCAGUCAUCGCCCUUCCCUGUCCCCUACUUUCCCAGUCCUGUUUCUGUGCUGUCUCCCUGUUAAUCACUGUUUGUCUCCUGCAACACUUGCUAAUGAUAUCUCGAUGUCGGCAGCUUCCAAUUCCAAUCAAUUGAGAUGUUAUUCAUAUCAUUAUCAAGAGUGUAGUAUCAAGAGUUUGCGACAUCAUAUAGUUUGCAGUGAGAUCCAUAGCUUAUAGGAUCAGAUAAAUCUUCAAUGACAGGUUCAAUGACCACCGAUCAAUUGCCCCUAAAAUCCCAUUAUCUUCUUAUGAUGCCAUAGUAAAAUUAUUACGAGUACAAUUAGUGCAAUACUUAUUGACCAAUGUGCAUGCCAGUUGGCAGUUGCACCGAAUAGGACUGCCUGCCAGGCAGCUACUGAAAAUAUUUAGCAGCUACUGUUAAUAAGGCAGUUACUGUAGAAAUAGUGAUACGCUGUAGAUCAUAAGGCUUAGAGCUUGACUAAGGCCUAAUCAGUGAUUCAGCGUUUUGUACCUGUCUGUUCUCAGUGACAAGGUGAGAUAGAGAGCGUUAUCAGCGGUUUAUUUGAGAUAUCCUGUUGGGUGUAUAAAUAUUAAUGUCCCAGGGGUGGUCCCUAGAGCAGUCUGUCUGUUAAACACAACUCUCUGCAGAUUAAGGUUGCAAAAUGCCGGUAACUUCCCAGGUUUUCCAGAAAUCCUGGUAUGGACAAUUCCUGGACUCAUUAGGGAAUACCAACUGGGAUUUCUGGAAAACCGGGACAUUUUGUGAAGGUUCCAGAGGUUUUGCCACCAGAGCUCUAGAUCAGUGACCGAGGGGCCAACAAGCGGUUAUCUGUCUGUCUGUCUGUCUGUCUGUCAUCCCACAAUGCAUGGGCAGUUCGCUACCAUGCAUCCAUCCGUCUGUCCCUCUGUUCCUGUGGUCCUAUCAGUGUUGUAUUUAGACCUGUUUGCAUGAUACAUUAAUGCAAAAUGUCUUUGUCUUUCAUUUCAAUGCGCUUUAACCAUAAACGUGUGCCUGGCGCGGCUGUACUGUUGCUUAAGUAGCUGUUGUUUUGAGUGUUGGACAGGAGCACUGGAGGCAGAGAGGGAGCAAGCACCCUUCAAUAAGCAUGUGUUCAUGCUGUGUUGGACUAGACAGGUCUGUGGAGUCGGUCUGUAUCACUAAACAAAGGUUUUAUUUUAUCUCAACAGACCCAGCUGAACAUUCUACUGGAGAAGCUUCGCAGCACGGUUAGUAUUUACUACAGUGCUCAGCGAUUUACUACUUUACCUCACACACAGGGCAUCUAACUUGAGUUGAGAUCAGUUCUCGUAUAGUGUACACUCCCCUCCGUAUUUAUUUGGACAGUUAAGAUAACAUUUGUAAAUUUGGUUCUAUGCUCCAGCAUUAUGGAUUUGAGAUUAAAUGUUUCAUAUGUUGCGUCAGUACAGAAUGUCACCUUUUAUUUGAGGGUAUUUUCAUACAUAUCUGCUUUAUCGUUUAGAAAUGAAAGUAUUUUAUGUGUUAGUCCCACCAUUUGUAUGCAUGCAUACAUACAUACAUACAGUGCAUUUGGAAAGUGUUCAGACCUCUUUACUUUUUCCACAUUUUGUUAUGUUACAGCCUUAUUCUAAAAUGGAUUAAAUAGUUUUUUUCCCCUCAAUCUACACACAAUACCCCAUAAGGAAAAACAGGUUUAGAGACAUUUUUGCGAAAAAAAUAAUGACAAUAAACUGAAAUAUCACAUUUUCAUAAGUAUUCAGACCCUUUACUCAGUACUUUGUUGAAGCACCUUUGGCAGCGAUUACAGCCUUGAGUCUUCUUGGGUAUGACGCUACAAGUUUGGCACAUCUGUAUUUGGGGAGUUUCUACCAUUCUUCUCUGCAGAUCCUCUCAAACUCCGUCAGGUUGGAUGGGGAGCGUUGCUGCACAGCUAUUUUCAGGUCUCUCCAGAGAUGUUCGAUCGGGUUCAAGUCCGGGCUCUGGCUGGGCAUUCAGAGACUUGUCCCAAAGCCACUCCUGCAUUUUCUUGGCUGUGUGCUUAGGGUCGUUGUCCUGUUGGAAGGUGAACCUUUGCCCCAGUCUGAGGUCCUGAGCGCUCUGGAGCAGGUUUCUAUCAAGCAUCUCUCUGUAAUUUGCUCUGUUCAUCUUCCCCUCAAUCCUGACUAGUCUCCCAGUCCCUGCUGCUGAACAACUUCACCGUAGGGAUGGUGCCAGGUUUCCUCCAGACGUGACGCUUGGCAAUCAGGCCAAAGAGUUCAAUCUUGGUUUCAUCAGACCAGAGAAUCUCGUUUCUCAUGGUCUGAGAGUCUUUUAGGUGCCUUUUGACAAACUCAAUGUGGGCUGUCAUGUGCCUUUUACUGAGGAGUGGCUUCUGUCUGGCCACUCUACCAUGAAGGCCUUAUUGGUGGAGUGCUGCAGAGGUGGUUGUCUAACUGGAAGGAUCUCCCAUCUCCAGAGAGUAACUCUGGAGCUCUGUCAGAGUGACCAUCAGGUUCUUGGUCACCUCCCUGACCAAGGCCCUUCUCCCCCGAUUGCUCAGUUUGGCCGGGCGGCCAGCUCUAGGAAGAGUCAUGGUGGUUCCACACUUCUUCCAUUUAAGAAUGAUGGAGGCCACUGUGUUCUUGGGCACCUUCAAUGCUGCAGAAAUUUGUUGGUACCCUUCCCCAGAUCUGUGACUCGACACAAUCUGGUAUCGGAGCUCUGCGGACAAUUCCUUCGACCUCAUGGCUUGGUUUUUGCUCUGAAAUGCACUGUCAACUGUGGGACCUUAUGUAGACAGGUGUGUGCCUUUCCAAAUCAUGUCCAAUCAAUUGAAUUUACCACACGUGGACUCCAAUCAAGUUCUAGAAACAUCUCAAGGAUGAUUAAUGAAACAGGAUGCACCUGAGCUCAAUUUCGAGUCUCAUAGCACAGGGUCAGAUUGCUUAUGUAAAUAAGAUAUUUCUGUUUUUUAUUUUUAAUAAAUUCGCCAACAUUUCUAAAAACCAGUUUUUGCUUUGUCAUUAUGGGGUAUUGUGUGUAGAUUGACUAUUUUUUUUUAAGAAUAAGUCUGUGUAACGUAACAAAUUGUGGAAAAAGUCAAGGGGUCUGAAUACUUUCCGAAUGCACUGUAUAUAUGUUUUUGGACAAAUUCACUUAGUAUAUUAAAGUAGUCAAAAGUUUAGUAUUUGGUCCCAUAUUCCUAGCACACAAUGACUACUUCAAGCCUGUGACUACAAACUUGUUGGAUCCAUUUGCAGUUUGUUUUGGUUGUGUUAUAGAUUAUGUUUGACCCAAUAAAUUGUAAACUGCCCUUAGAUUUUAAACUGUCAUGGUCAAAACAUAUAUAUGAAAUGGUUGUGAAGAUGGGGAGAGGUCUGUCCGUAAUAAAGAGAUGCUCUGCUUUUUUGGCACCACGCUCCACAAAGCAAGUCCUGCAGGAUCAAGUUUUGUCUUAUCUUGAUUAUUGUCCAGUCAUAUGGUCAAGUGCUGUAAAGAAAGACCUAGUUAAGAUGCAGCUGGCCCAGAACAGAGCGGCACAUCUUGCUCUUCAUUAUAAUCAGAGGGCUAAUAUUAAUAUAAUGUAUGCCAGUGUCUCUUGCCUGAGAGCUGAGGAAAGACUGACUGUGUCACUUCUUGUUUUAUAAGAAACAUUAAUGUGUUGGAAAUUCCAAAUUGUUUGCAUAGUCAACUUACACACAGCACUGACACACACACUUACCCCGCCAGACAUGCCACCAGGGGUCUUUUCACAGUCCCCAGGUCCAGAACAAAUUCAAGGAAACGUACAGUAUUAUACAGAGCCAUAAGUGCAGGGAACUCCCUUCCAUCUUAUGUAGUGCAAGUGAACCGCAAACCUGGUUUAAAAAAACAAAUAAAGCAACACCUCACGGCACAACGCCUCUCACCAAUGUGACCUAGUAAUAGUAAUAUGCCAUUUAGCAGACGCUUUUAUCCAAAGCGACUUACAGUCAUGCGUGCAUACAUUUUUUGUGUAUGGGUGGUCCCGGGGAUCGAACCCACUACCUUAGCGUUACAAGCGCCGUGCUCUACCAGCUGAGCUACAGAGGACCACUUGUUGUGUGCAUGUACUGACCUGUAUGUGUAACUGAUAGAUGCACACACACACACUACAUGUAAAUGUUUUUAAAUGUAUAUAAAUUGUAAAGUAUCUUGUCUGUAAUGUCUUUUUCGUUAUGUCGGACCCCAGCAAGACUAGCUGUUGCCAUUGGCGUCGGCUAAUGGGGUCCUAGUAAAUCAAAUCAAAUCGAACUGAAUGGUGAAUCAUGUAUUGUUUCCCUUUUAUAGAAAAUUAGAAUAGAAUAUGUUUCUAAACACUAAUCAUUAAUGUGGAUGCCACCAUUAUUAUGGAUAAUCCUGAAUGAAUCGUGACUAAUGAUGAGUGAGAAAGUUGCAGAGGGACUAAGAUCAUACCGCCCCAAAAAUGCUAACCUCUCACCAUUACAAAUAACAAGGGGAGGUUAGCCUUUUUUGGGGGGUAUGAUAAUCUCCCCUGUCAUUGGUAAUGGUGAGAGGUUAGGAUGUUUUUUGGGGGGUAUGAUCUUUAUUCCUCUGUAACUUUCUCACUCAUCAUUAUUCACGAUUAAUUAAUGAAAUGCUGGAGUAUAGAGCCAAUUUUAGCAUCACUGUCCAAAUAAAUACGGAGGGGAGUGUAAUUUUAUAAAUCUUCCAGGGAACAUUUUUAUUUUGUCAGUCGAUAAUGUCCAAGCCAAUGUCCAACCAAUUUAGAUCUGGAUCACCAAAGAGGUACUAUGUGGCCAUCUUCAGUGUGGCUGCUGUCAGGGCUAACAGCAUGGAAUUACAUAUAGAACAUUUCAAUUGAAUAUGAUGUCUAUGGCUAACAGCCUCUUCUCCUUCCCUCCCUCCCUCCCUCCCAGGGCUCCAGUUUCAUCCGCUGUAUCAAGCCCAAUCUGAAGAUGAUCAGCCAC